CAGGCGAGCCGUCGGAGUGAGAACAAUGAAACACAGGAAGUGCUGCUAGAGGUCGCUGCUUGAAUUGAACACACUGAAAUCCACACAGUGCACACAUGGGGCUGUAGGAGGCUGAGCCCCGCUGUCUGCUGGGAAACUGUGGAGACCACCAGUGUCUCACCAUGGCCAUAUGAGAUGAAGGAGAAGACAUGUAGGUCUGUGCUGCCACACGGCGUCAUCACAUCUGUAUAAAGUCUGAUCCCAGCAUCAUGCCUCUGUCGGACUUCCUGGACGGCCUGAAGGACAACCCAUACUUCGGGGCAGGCUUUGGACUGGUUGGGGUUGGCACAGCAUUGGCAGUGGCCAGGAAAGGUGCCCAGGUGGGGAUGGUCUUCUUCCGCAGGAACUACAUGAUCACUCUGGAGGUCCCCAGCAGGGACAAGAGCUACCACUGGCUGCUGAGCUGGAUCACCAAGCACGCCAGGCACACCCAGCACCUGAGCGUGCAGACCUCUUACCUGGCACAUGAAAGCGGACGGGUGCACACGCAGUUUGACUUUCACCCAAGCCCCGGAAACCACAUCAUCUGGUAUGGGAGGAAGUGGAUCAGGGUGGAGAGGACCAGAGAGAAGCAGAUGGUGGAUCUGAACACUGGAACCCCAUGGGAGUCUGUCACCUUCACUGCUUUAGGCAGAGACAGACAAAUCUUCUUUAAUAUCCUACAAGAAGCAAGAGAACUGGCCCUGAAGCAGGAGGAGGGGCGGACAGUGAUGUACACAGCCAUGGGUGCUGAGUGGAGACCCUUUGGAUUUCCACGGCGACGCAGGCCCCUGAGCUCCGUGGUCCUGGAGGCUGGUGUGGCUGAAAAGCUCGUAGACGAUGUGAAGGACUUCAUUGGAAACCCCAAGUGGUAUACAGACAGAGGCAUCCCCUACAGAAGAGGAUAUCUGCUGUAUGGACCCCCAGGAUGUGGAAAAAGUAGCUUUAUCACGGCACUGGCUGGUGAGCUGGGCUACAGCAUCUGUCUGAUGAGUCUGAGUGACCGAACCCUGUCUGACGACCGUCUCAACCACCUCCUGAGCGUUGCACCGCAGCAAAGCAUCAUACUGUUGGAGGAUGUGGACGCAGCCUUCGUCAGUCGAGACACGCUUACCCCAGAGAACCCUCUGGCCUAUCAGGGAAUGGGAAGACUGACCUUCAGUGGUCUGCUCAACUCUCUGGAUGGAGUGGCUUCCUCUGAGGCCAGAAUAGUUUUUAUGACCACCAAUUUCAUUGACAGGUUGGACGCAGCGCUUAUCCGACCCGGCCGCGUGGAUCUGAAGCAGUACAUCGGCCACUGCACACACUGGCAGCUCACCCAGAUGUUCCGGCGGUUCUACCCAGGAGAGCCUGCUUCUGAAGGAGAGCGGUUUGCAGAGCGCGCGUUAGCUGCCCACUCUGAGAUCAGUGCUGCUCAGGUGCAAGGACACUUUCUGCUGCACAAAAUGGACUCUGCAGGAUCUAUAGACAAUGUUGGCCAAAUCAAAGGAUGAUGAGAAGAGGAUGUUUGGAGUUGAAUAAAGAGAAAUAUGAGA